ACAUGGCGGAAGACCUCUUUAACCAUGCCUUAAACGCUGCAUUAAGAAAAAGAAAUAUAACGUAUAAUCUUAAAACAUUACAAAAAGAAUGCAUACAAUCAGUUUUAGAACAUAAAGAUGUUUUUGGUAUGUUGCCAACUGGCUACGGCAAAAGCCUUAUUUACACUGUCCUACCGGAUUUUUUUUUUAUACACCAGCAGCUUUCAAUUGUCAGCAAUAUCACACCUGUACUUGAGCGUGAUACUUCUAUUAUAAUUGUAAUUUCACCUCUCGUUAGUUUAAUGAAGGACCAAGAAAUCGCUUUCAACACUAUGGGUAUCGACUGUGCCUAUCUUGGUGACAUGGACGAUAAAGUGAAACUUAAAAACAUAGAGAAUGGUCUGGUACCAAUAUUAUUAAUGAGUCCAGAGAGUCUAUUUAGUGGUAAAUGGAGAAAUUUGUUGACAAAUAAAGUAUAUCAGUGUCAUUUAUCAGCAAUUGUAAUAGAUGAAGCUCACUGUGUCGAAGAAUGGGGUAACAAGUUUCGCACAGACUAUUAUAGAAUUGGAGAGUUGAGGAGUUUAGUACCAAAAGCUGUUAUAUUAGCAUUGACCGCUACAUCGACAUAUUCAUCAAGAAAGACAAUAGCUCAUAUACUUGGGAUGAAUGAAUAUAAACUGGUAAUGGGAAGUUGUGAUAGGAGUAAUAUAAACUAUUUUGCCCAAAAUGUAUCAUUUAGAUUACAUGACAGUUUUCAUUGGGUAGUUUCCAGUCUUCGGGACAAUUGUGAGCAAUCACCAAAAACAAUUAUAUAUUGUAGAAACAUAAAAUCAUGUUCACAAAUAUAUUUAUAUUUUUUAUCUGAACUAAGUGAAGCAGCAUACAUAGGCACCCCAUGUGCAAAAAAUUGUCUAUUUGCCAUGUUCCACCAUUCCACACCAGACAAAAAUAAAAAAAAUAUUAUUGAAAAUAUGAGAAAAAACAGUAUUACACGUGUUGUUAUUGCAACAACAGCUUUUGGGAUGGGAGUAGAUAUCCCAGAUGUUCGAUUUGUUAUUCAUUGGGGUGCAUCCCGUAGCAUACAAGGAUUUAUGCAAGAAAGUGGGAGAGCAGGAAGAGAUGGUAUUACAUCAACAUCUGUAUGUUAUUAUCAUCCUGUUGAUACAGCAAAAAAUAGUGCAGAUGAACAAAUGAUCAACUACUGUAAAACAAGUGCAUGUAGGAGAAAUAUUCUGGUUCAACAUUUUUCUCCAGAUAUACCUCAAUCUAACACCUCACAUCCAUGUUGUGAUAACUGUAUAAAGGAGUGUUCAUGUUGUGAUUGUUUAAUGUUAAACAAAGAUUUUAUAACAGACAAAGAAGAUAACAUGCUUUGCGAAAUUGAUGGUAUUAAACCUUAUAGGCAAGUCUCUAGUGAUCAAAGAAAUGCAAUUCAAAUAGAUUUAGACGACCCAUUGUCCCAUUCGAAAUUAAAGCAUGUACGUGAAUAUAGGUAA